AUGCAGGGACGGACACUUCUCAGGACAGCGCUGGUGCUCUGGUUGGCCAGGCUGACGCUCCAGGGAGGCACAGGUUAUGGUCUCGGUCCUCAGGCUGCCAAUGGGUACUCACCCAAAUUCAAAGGACAAGGUUAUGGUGCUCAACCUCCCCCAUCCAAUGGGAACAAAGCUGGGCCCAAUGGUGCUGACAAAAUGCUUCUGAAAGGCUACGGUGCUGCUUCUACUGCUCUAGGAAAUGGGGCCAAGCCAAAUGGUGGCCGUGCACCUCCAGCUGCAGUCAAAGGAAAUGGAGGGGGCUACGGGUCCAAACCAAGUAAGCCUGGAUAUGGACAACGGCCUUCAUACGGUGGAAUUGGGGUAGGCAUGGGUCCUCAGCUGGCUGCCAAACAGAGAGGAGGCUAUGGUAAUAACAACGGAUAUGGCUACAAAGCUCAUUCCUUCAAAGGUUAUGGAAAAGGUCAGGGUGGUCAGGCUGCCUAUCCACAAGCUGGAGCUAGUUUAGGUGGAGGAAUCUCAAAUGGAGCAAAAGCUGCCAAACCAGGCUUUGGAACUGGAUCUGCAGCUCAGAAUGGGCAAGGAGCCAAACCCUACGGGUAUGGAGCUCCUACAGGAGCCAAAGGACCUAAACCAGGAUAUGGUGGAUAUCCUAAUGCAGGAGGUGUUAAAGGACCCAAAGCAGGUUAUGGUGGUUAUGGAGCCAGACCCAAUGGACUUGGAACUUAUCAAAAUGGAGGAGCUAAAGGGCCUAAACCAGGAUAUGGUGCUGCUGGAACUGGAGCAAAUAAUGGACAAGGAGCUAAGGCCAACGGUUAUGGUGUUCCUGCUGGUGUACCUAAAGUUGCUAAAUCUGGAUAUGGCCCUGUAACAAAUGGAAAUGAGAAGGCCUCUAAAGGGGCCAGUCUCGGCCCUCAGGCACCAAGAGUUCCAGUAGUGCCAACGUACACCAAGGGAGUCGUACCACCAGCUGAACCUGAGCCUACCAGAAGAGUACCUUCAGCACCAGAACCUACUAUAGGAGUUCCAUCACUGAUAACAAAUGGGAAGGGACCAAAACAUGAGGUGCAACCUCAAGUUUUAGGUCCACAAGCCAGAGGUCCACAACUGGUGGCACCUCAGCCUGCUUUUGAUGUUCCACAAGGAAAAGCUCCUAAACCAAUAAUCCCGCAGCCAGCCCAGGUGCUUCCACAGAGUAAAGGUCCCAAACCAGCACUGCCAGUAUCAUCUGCCUCACUAGGACAGGUUCAAGUAGCACCUGAAUCUUUCCCUCAGGGAAAAGCUCCCAAGCAUGCACAGCCAGCUCCAGUAUUCCCAUUUGUUCCACAGGGAAAAGCUCCAAAACCCAUUCCACAUCUUCCGCAGCCUGUUGCACCACAACCGGCAUCAGUUUUUCCACAGGGAGUAGCUCCAAAUCUGGUCACCCCUCAACAAGCUGUUUCACAAGUUAUUGCUCAGAGACCAGUUGUUCCAGUAAUGCCUCAGUCGAAAGCUUCCAAACCUGUCGUUCCUGCACCAGUUCCCCAGUUUCCACAAGCCAAAGGCCCAAAGCCAGUAGCACCAGUGCCAGUUGCUCCACAAACAGAGGGUCCUCCACCGGCACCUCAACCAACAGGUGCCAUGCCGCAAAUGAAGGGUCCUAAAGCAGCAAAUCCUGAAUUGGCAGGUCUUGGACAGCCUAAUGGGCAGGGGGCAAAGCCUGUGAAGCCUGACUGUGGACCUGGUGGAGUGUCCGGACAGUGGACUAAGCUGCCCAAUCCUGGUUUUGGUCCUGGAGCAUGGUACCCAAAUAGUGGAGGAGCCAAGGCCUCUAAAUCAGGUCUUGGAGGAUAUGGAGCUAAACCCAAACAGCCAGGCUUUGUUAAUGGACAAGGCCUCCUCCCAGCGACUGGCUAUGGUUAUGGCAAUGGAAAUGGAUAUCAGCCUGCUACAGGAGGAACAGGACAGCUACCAUACAACGGUGCACCCAUUGUUCCUGCUGGACUGGAUGGAACAAGUCAGAUCCAACCCCAGACUGCUGAACUUGGACCUGAAGCUAAAUCUGGUGGUGCUUAUGGUACUUAUUAUAUUCAUUUAUUUAUUUAUCGUCUCAUCUUGGUUUAAAUGGCUGUUCUUCUGACAGGUGUCCCUUAUGGCACUCAGCCAGUGGUGGGCUCUAGGGGAAAGUCUCAAACGAAAUAUGGUAUUGGUGGUCUACCUUUUGCUGGCUUGCCAAUGGGAUAUGGCCCUGACCCCUAUGGAAACUAUGGGAAUCCCUAUGCAGCUCAGCCCUAUGCUCCAAAACCAGCAGGAAAAUAUGGUGCACCAUACAACCCUAAGCCUCUAGGAUUGAGCGUUGAUCCUAAAUCCAUAGGCAAAUAUGGACUUGGAGGUUUACCAUAUGGCGGUCAGUCACUAGGACCUGGCAGCAAGGCUAAAUCCUCUGGUAAAUAUGGAUCUCAACUAGGAAUGGGAGGCCUGCCUUAUGGUGGACAGCCACUUAGUCUGGGCCCUGAUGCUGGGAAGUCUGGGAAAUAUGGCCAGCCUGCCAUGCCUUAUGCUCCAGAAUCCAUUAGCUUUGGUGGAGAACCUAAAAUGGCUGGGAAAUAUGGCCAGCCGAUGCUACCCUUUGACUCUGGACUGGUUGGCCCGGUGACAGACGGUCAGUCUGUUGAUCAGCCCGCUCUGCCUUAUGAAGCUCUACCUCCUGGUCCUGAGAUUGAUGGGGUGAAGUCUGUGGACCAGUUCGGAGAAGGAGAGAUCCCACCUCAGCCUGAUGCUGCCCUGGUACAAGGAUUUGGAGAAGGAAAUGCCAAAUCCGCAGGAACAGGCAGUUAUAUCGGUGGAGGAAUCCAACCAGAAGCCAUCUCUUUUCCCGCCGCCCCCACCUCUGGCCCCUCCCCUGCUUUGGCUGGCCCCGCCUCCCUCCCGCUGGUCACAGCUGUUCUGCCUGAAACUGGGCCCUCCUCGCUAGUGCCCCCUCAGGCCGAACCACCCAGCCCCCAGCUUCCUUCACUCAUGCUGCAGCCGGUGACGCCCCAGCAGAUCCACAUUCAGCAGAAGCUCAAAGUCCACCUUCAUCCGCAGGGCAAGUCCUGGACAGGAGGAACGGAGGGCAAAUAUGACCUAAAAGGAUUCCUUGGGAAUGGAUAUCAAGGAUGAUACAGAAGAGUGGAGUCACCCUGAAUAAAUGUGUAUCUUAUUUUUUACUCUGUUGAUGCUUUUAGUAAUUGUUGUAUAUUUAUCAUAUUCUAGUUUCAUGUU